CCCAAGCCUGGUUGUGAAAGCAAGCCGAUCUGCACAACCCCUUCAUCCAAAGCUUUUUCCUUUGAAAAAAUGGGGACAGGGGAAAGCUCAGAGUGAAGCACCCUGAGGUGCUCUUCAUUUAGUCCGGUCUAGGAUCUGAGAAGUAUGCUUUUUCUUUGGGGAAAAAUGUUGGAAAAAGGUCUAUCCCGACAAAUGCACAUCAUUCAGAGCUGUUCCCCCCUGAACAACAACCACAUGUAGACAGAGUUAAGGGAAUAAGGCAAUAUACGUGGAACCAUUUUUAAAAAAAGAUGAAUAGCAGUCUAUGAUUUAAUUCUGGGAAAAGGAAAAAGCAAAAAAUGUUGCUCUCUGCAUGUGCGUUAAGCCUGUAGUUGUACAGACAGGGCAUAGCUCCUGACCUCCCCCUCCAGUUACCUCCCACCAUUAUGCUUGCUCACUGCUGGCUGCCAAUAAAAGCCUUCCAAGAGUGAGAAAGUUUAGUUUCAUCUUCCCCAGAGCCUCUCUGUGCAAGAUCCUGGCCAGCAAGGAAGACUGCACUGACACAGCCUGCUCGCCAGAAGAAGAGCAACUAGGAAUGGCCACCCCAUCUGUUGUGACGAUCCAGCCGCAGUACGGCAUGGCUGUGCCCGCUGUCUCUAGCAGCAUGUGGCAGACAGGGCUGAUGGACUGCUGCACCGACUGCAGCAUCUGCUGCUGCGGGGCUUUCUGCUUCCCCUGCCUCGCCUGCCAAGUGGCUGGGGACAUGAAUGAGUGCUGCCUGUGCGGGACCAGUGUGGCCAUGAGGACCCUCUACCGCACCAGAUACAACAUCCCGGGGUCCAUUUGCUCUGACUUCUGUGUCACUCUGUGGUGCCCCAUGUGCUCUGUUUGCCAAAUUAAGAGAGACAUCAACCGGAGGAGGGAGCUACGCAUAUUCUGACCACAAACCGCCUGGAGGGACCCGACUGUGCUGGCAAUGGCCUCCCACCACGUGAUUACAGUCCAGCCUCAGUUUUUGGCUGCCGUAUGGGCCAGGCGAGUGGCAGUCAGGGCUGCUGGACUGCUGCUCUGACUUUGGCGUGUGUGAGCACAUAUGUACCCCU